UCAGAGCUGCGGGCUGCCAGCCAUCCGCCAGCCUCUCCGGCCAUGCUCGCCCGGGAAGGACGCGCCGGUUGCGCCCCAGACUGAACCAGCGGGGCGCGGAGAAGCAAGCCGGACCCGAGAUUGUCCAGCGAUGUUCCCCAACCCGGCCGCCGCCGCCGCCGCCAUGGAGGAGCAGUUCCGCCAGCAGCAGCAACAGCAACAGCAGCAGCGGCUCUUGGUGCUCUUCAACGCCUCUUCGCUGCCGCUGGCCAGUCUCUGGCCGCCCACCCACCUCUCGGCCGCCGCGGGCAGCCCUGCCGUCGACCUGUCGCCCGCCGCCACCGCGGCCGGAGAGGAGGCCGGGGCGGGCGGCGGAGACGCGGCCGCAGCCCUGGCCGUGGCGGGUGCGGUGAGCCCCUGGGACAUCGCGCUGUGCGCCACCGGGACGGUGAUGGCGGGCGAGAACGCGCUGGUGCUGGCCGUGCUCUUCUACGCGCCCAGCCUGCGGGCGCCGCCCUUUCUGAUGAUCGGCAGCCUGGCGCUGGCGGACCUGCUGGCCGGGCUGGGGCUGGUGGUCAACUUCAGCGUGCAGUACCUGGUGCAGCCACCCAGCGAGGCGGCGACGCUGAGCGCGGCCGGGCUGCUUCUCGCCGCCUUCUCGGCCUCGGUCUGCAGCCUGUUGGCCAUCACCGUGGACCGCUACCUGUCGCUCUCCAACGCGCUCACCUACCACUCGGAGCGCACGCGGACCUUCACCGCCGCCUUGCUGCUGCUGCUCUGGCUAGUCUGCCUGGCCGUCGGGCUCCUCCCGCUGCUGGGCUGGAACUGCCUGCGCCAGCCCAGCGCCUGCAGCGUCCUGCGGCCGGUCACCAGGGACAACGCCGCCGUGCUGGCCGUGGCCUUCCUGCUCCUCUUCGCCCUGAUGCUGCAGCUCUACGGGCAGAUCUGCCGCAUCGCCUGCCGGCACGCCCAGCAAAUCGCCGUCCAGCACCAGUUCAUCGCCAGCGCGCAGGCCACCUCCACGCGCAAGGGACUCUCCACGCUCUCGCUCAUCCUGGGCACGUUCGCCCUCUGCUGGGUGCCCUUCGCCAUCUACUCCCUGGUGGCCGACGCCUCCUACCCGGCCGUCUACACCUACUCCUUGGCCCUGCCGGCCGCCUGCCACUCGCUCCUCAACCCCAUCAUCUAUGCUUUCCGCAACCCCGAGAUCCAGAAGUCUCUGUGGCUGGCUUGCUGCGGCUGCAUCCCGGCCGGCUUCUCCUCCCGACCCAGGACGUCCAGCGAUGUGUAG